ACUGAAUGGCUUGUGAUCUACAGUAAUGUUUACUGAGUAGUCCACUUCUAAGUCAAGUCAACCAAACGAUGCGUUUAUGCCAUCCUGCUCAAUGAUAUAGAAUGAAAUUUGAAAGAAAAUUCAGUUUGGAGAUUGAGACUACACAGGGUCACUGAUCUGGAAUAACAUGGAGGGAUUUCUGAAAGACUUCGAAUUAGAGGAUAAGGAUCGGAGUAUAGAUGCGUUGAGCCGUUGGAGAAGCGCCGUCUCGCUGGUGAAGAAUCCCCGUAGAAGGUUCCGGAAUGCAGCGGAUCUCGGAAAACGUGUCCUGUUAGAUGAAAAGCAGGAAAAGUUUCGGACUGCACUAAAUGUUCAAAGAGCAGCUUUACAUUUUCACCCGACUGCUAUUGCUGAUCCUGAUAAUGUUGGAGUGCGUGUUGAUGGUUUUGAUAUUGAUCCAGAUUCAAUUGCAUCUCUUGUUCAUAACUAUGAUAACAAUGGUUUCAAAAAAAUUAAUGGAGUUGAAGGCAUUGCAAGGAAACUUCGUGUCUCAGUGGCAGCUGGUGUUAGGGAAGAUAGCCUAAAUACCCGGCAACUCUAUUUUGGGUUUAACCGCUAUGCAGAAAAACAUGCGAAACCUUUUCUUAAAUUUGUGUGGGAAUCAAUGCUAGACUCAACACUCAUUUUUCUUAUGGUUUGUUCCAUAGUUUUAAUAGGUGGAAAAUUUGCCACUGAAGGGUUGCUAGUAAAUGUGUAUGAUGAGGUUGGAAUUAUACUUGGUGUAUUCUUUUUGGUCGUAUUUACAUCUGUCAAUGAUUACCAUCAAUCAUUGAAGUUCUGCGAAUGGGACAGAGAGAACAAGAAUAUUUCAGUUAAGGUCACACGGGAUGGGAAAAGACAGAAGAUAUCGAUUUAUGAUCUCGUAGUAGGAGACAUUGUUCAUUUGUCAAUUGGGGAUCAAAUACCUGCUGAUGGGAUUUGCAUAUCAGGAAGUAAUUUACACAUCGACGAAUCAAGUUUAACUGGUCAGGUUGACCCAGUUUAUGUAAAUCAAGAAAACCCUUUUCUACUUUCGGGAACCAAAGUGAUAGAUGGGUCAGGGAAGAUGCUAGUGGCAGCUGUUGGCAUGAGGACUGAAUGGGGAAAGUUAGUGGAAGUUUUGAAUGACGUAGGGGUGGAGGAAACGCCAUUGCAGGUGAAACUGAACGGAGUUGCUACUAUUGUUGGUAAGAUUGGCUUGAGUUUUUCUCUUCUUACAUUAGCUGUGUUGGUGAUACAAUUUUUUGUGGAUAAAGCAACUCGCGGAGAUUUUACUAAUUGGUCCUCAAAAGAUGCUAUGAAGCUGCUGAACUACAUUAAUAUACUUGUGACAAUGAUAGUCAUUGCUGUUCCAGAAGGUUUACCAUUGGCCGUGACACUUAACCUUGCUUUUGCAACGAAAAGUUUAACAAAUGAUAGGGCACUAGUGAGGCAUCUUUCUGCAUGUGAAACAAUGGGUUCUGCCAGUUAUCUUUGCUUAGAUAAAACAGGGACAGUGACCUCCAAUUGCAUGGUGGUGAAUAAACUAUGGAUAUCUGGAGAAGUUGUGGAGAUGAAAGAUAAUAGGAAUGGAAAUAAACUGAAAGGAAAGAUAUCUGAAGAAGUUCUGAACAUACUUUUGCAGGCUUUAUUCCAAAAUAAUGCUUCCGAAAUGGUUAAGGAUAAACAAGGAAAGACCACAAUAUUGGGAACUUCAACAGAUUCAGCAUUGUUGGAAUUUGGCUUGCUGUUGGGGGGUAAUUUUGAUGUCCAAUGCCAAUUGUAUAGUAAACUUAAGAUUGAGUCUUUUAAUCCUGUUUACAAGAAGAUGACAGUCCUUGUUAGUCUUCCCAAUGGUGGACUAAGAGUUUUCUGUAAAGGUGCUUCUGAAAUAAUAAUUAAAAUGUGUGAAAAAAUCAUUGACUGCAAUGGAGAAUCUGUUGAUUUCCUUGAAAACCAUGCGAAGCAUGUCGAGCAUGUUCUAAAAGAUUUUGCCUCUGAACCUUUGAGAACUAUUUCUUUAGCUUACAAAGAUAUAAAUGUAAUCCCUACUGAAAACAACAUCCCUGAUAAUGGCUAUACACUGAUAGCCAUUGUAGGAAUCAAUGAUCCUAUACGCCUUGGUGUAAAAGACGUUGUUCAAACUUGUUUAGCUGCAGGAGUAACCAUUGCCAUGGUCACUGGUGAUGAUAUGAAUAUAGCUAGGACUAUUGCUAAAGAAUGUGGUAUACUCACCAAUAAUGGUUUAACCAUUGAAGGACAAGAAUUUCGGAACUUGUCUACAAUGCAUAUGAAGGUUACCAUACCACAAAUUCAGGUGAUGGCGCGAUUCCUACCACAUGACAAACACUCCAUUGUAGCUUCUCUGAAGGAUAUGUUUGGUGAGGUUGUUGCUGUUACUGGUGAUGGAAUCAGUGAUGCUCCUGCACUGCAUGAGGCACACAUUGGAGUUGCCAUGGGAUUAUCAGGAACAGAGAUUGCCAAAGAAAAUGCUGAUAUAAUUUUAAUGGAUGACAACAUCACAACUAUUGUCAAUAUUAUCAAAUGGGGACGUGCAGUAUACAUAAACAUUCAAAAAUUAGUGCAGUUUCAGUUAACAGCCAUUAUUGUUGCUCUGGUGAUCAACUUUAUUUCUGCUUCUGUCACAGGUUAUGUCCCGCUAACAGCUGUGCAAUUGCUUUGGGUCAACUUGAUCAUGGACAUCCUCUGCCCUUUAGCUCUUGUCAGUGAGCCACUUAACGAUGAACUUAUGAAGAGGCCUCCAGUUGGAAGGGGAGAAAAAUUUAUCACGAAUGCCAUGUGGAGGAAUAUUUUUGGCCAAAGCAUAUAUCAAGUUAUUGUCCUUGUGGUUCUUAAUUUUGAAGGGAAGAAUAUACUUAGUAUAAGUGGUUCAAAUGCAACUGAUGUGCUUAGAACUUUGAUCUUCAACUCCUUUAUAUUUUUUCAGGUAUUCAAUGAGAUAAACUGCAGAGAGAUAGAAAAGAUAAACAUUUUCAAAGGCAUUUUAAACAGCUGGGCGUUUUUGGUCAUAAUUUUCUCAACAGUUGCAAUUCAAGUAAUCAUUGUGCAGUUCCUUGGCAAUUUUGCCUGUACAGUGUCUCUGAACUUGGAGCUCUGGUUAAUCAGUGUUUUAAUUGGUGCUACUAGCAUGCUUAUAGCUUGUCUUCUGAAGUGCUUCCCAAUUGAAAGACAUGUAAGUAUUCGCCGUGAUGGUUACCAGGCACUUUCUGCACAACCAUAGCUAGCACACAAUUCAGGAAGAAUAUGGUGUUCCCUGAACUUUCUUUCUUGUUUCAUAUUCAUCUUUGGCUCCUUGAAGUUUCCUUUCGCGGAAUAUUGGCAUCAUUAUCACGACCUUACCUGUAUCAUGUCAUGAUCGGUGCAUAAGCUAAACUGAGAUUUCGAUCUUCUCAUGUUGUAAUUUCUCUUAUGUGGAAAAUCUCACAAAUCCGCUUGUUCUUUUUAUUUGAUUUAAGUUAUUUGAUUCAACAAGUUUUAAAAGUGAGUUCUCCCACAUAACCUUCAUAUACUUUUGUUUUGUAUUGUGUUGCGAAAAAACUAAUUUUCUCAAAAGAA